AUUUGGGGGUACCUCGUUUGUCCUCAGAAGCGAGAACACGGGCACUUCCCCAGGAGCGUGUGGGGGUGCGGUGCCACCCUCUCCGUAGUGCAAAACGCUGAACCGUCCCUUAAAUAAUGUUCCCAUUCACCCACUGCUGACAACAGUUUAAUAAGAGCUCCGUCCGGCGUGAUCGCGGCGCUGCGUGCCGUCUGCUCACUGUCCUUUCCCAAGUUUUGACUUUCCCACUCCCCCUAUUCCUGCGUCAGUGGCAAUUACCCUUAUAGUAAGUAGCUGGAGCUCUCGGAGUGAGAGGGAAUAGCUGCCGAAAGUCGCUGAGAGGCGAGGAUAGCCCACAAGUGGAUACGCAGUCACAGAGGUGGAGGACUAGGUGCCGUGGACUGGGCUCGUCGCUCGCGUGUUAGCCGGUCCGGUUGGGAAGAACCCAUGCUUCAUUAACGGGACCAGGUGUUUCCCCAAGGCCUGCCCCGGCUGCUAAGAGACUGCAAGACGGCCCUUUCACCAUGGUUGUAUCACUGCGGGAGGCCGUCUCCCUGUCUGCACCUUGUCUGCUGCUGCUCCUGACUGCCCAGCUCUCCGUCUCCCAGCAGUCCUCUCCCUCGGCCGACCAUGAGCAGCAGUGCUCCAGGAGAGAGCACCCCAUGGUUUAUUUCCCAGCGCUGAGACCCUGGAUGUCUAAUUUCAGUUACCCUGGGGUUCAGGAUUACUCACAGCUGGCACUGGACAUCACCAGGAGCCAACUGAUAGUUGGAGCCAGAAACUACCUCUUCAGAUUAAGUCUCAACAAUGUGUCCCUUAUACAGGCAACGGAAUGGGGCCCAGACGAAGACACCAGGAGGUCCUGUCAAAGUAAAGGGAAGACUGAGGUGGAGUGCCAGAAUUACAUCCGGGUCUUACUCAUCAAUGGCAAGAAAGUGCUUACCUGCGGUACGAACGCGUUUAUGCCGGUUUGCACGACUCGACAGAUCGGGAACUUGAGCCGGGUGCUGGACAAGGUGAACGGCGUGGCGCGCUGCCCCUACGACCCCCAGCACAACUCCACCGCUGUGGUGACGGCGAAGGGGGAGCUGUACGCCGCCACGGUCAUCGACUUCUCUGGCAGGGAUCCGGUCAUCUACCGCAGCCUGGGAAACAUGCCCCCACUCCGCACAGCGCAGUACAACUCCAAGUGGCUUAAUGAGCCGAACUUCAUUUCCGCCUACGACAUCGGGCUGUUCACGUACUUCUUCCUGCGGGAGAACGCGGUGGAGCACGACUGCGGCAAGACGGUGUACUCGCGCGUGGCGCGGGUGUGCAAGAACGACAUCGGGGGCCGCUUCCUGCUGGAGGACACCUGGACCACCUUCAUGAAGGCCAGGCUGAACUGCUCGCGCUCCGGGGAGAUCCCUUUCUACUACAACGAGCUGCAGAGCACCUUCUACCUGCCCGAGCAGGACCUCAUCUACGGCAUCUUCACCACCAACGUGAACAGCAUUGCCGCGUCAGCUGUUUGUGCUUUCAACCUCAGUGCCGUUACCCAGGCUUUUAAUGGGCCGUUUCGGUACCAGGAGAACCCUCGGUCAACGUGGCUGUCUGCGCCAAACCCCAUUCCCAACUUUCAGUGUGGUACAGUAAACGACUACAGCCCCAACGAGAACCUCACGGAGCGCAGCCUGCAGGACGCCCAGCGCCUGUUCCUGAUGAACGACGUGGUGCAGCCCAUUUCAGUGGACCCCCUGGUCAUGCAAGACAACGUGCGCUUCUCCAAGCUGGUGGUGGACAUCGUGCAGGGCAGGGACACCCUGUACCACGUCAUGUACAUCGGAACGGAAUACGGCACCAUCCGGAAGGCCCUCUCCACCACCAACAAGAGCUUACGGGGAUGUUACCUGGAGGAGAUACAGCUCCUCCCCCCAGGCACACGGGAGCCAAUCCUGGGCCUUCAAAUCCUCCACAGUGAUAGGUCGCUUUUUGUGGGCCUCAACAACAGAGUGCUGAAGAUCCCGUUGGAGAGAUGCUCGACCUACAAAACAGAAAAUGUCUGCUUGGACGCCCGAGACCCAUACUGUGGAUGGGAUAGCAAGCAGAAACGAUGCACCACCAUUGAGGACAGCUCCAACAUGAGUCAGUGGAGCCAGAACAUUACAGAGUGCCCAGUGAAAAACUUGACAGUAAACGGGGCGUUUGGGCCUUGGUCACCGUGGCAACCCUGCGAUCAUGACGACGGGGACAGCACUGGAACGUGCCUGUGCCGCUCAAGGUCAUGUGACAGCCCGGCUCCUCGCUGUGGAGGAUAUGGCUGCACCGGGCCUACCAGCCAGGUGGCCAACUGCUCAAGGAACGGCGGCUGGACUCCUUGGUCCUCCUGGGCCCAGUGCAGUACCAGCUGUGGGAUCGGGUUCCAGGUCCGCCAGCGCUCCUGUAACAACCCCUCCCCGCGGCACGGGGGCCGAGUCUGCGUGGGGCAGAGCCGAGAGGAGAGGUUCUGCAAUGAGAACAGCCAGUGCCCACUGCCCAUCUUCUGGUCCUCCUGGGGGUCGUGGAGCAAGUGCAGCUCGGAGUGUGGCGGAGGGGUGCACUCCCGCGUCAGGAACUGUGAAAAUGGGAACAGCUGUCCGGGCUGUGCGCUGGAGUACAAGGCCUGUAACCUGGAGUCCUGCCCCGAGGUAAGGCGGAACACGCCCUGGACCCCCUGGAUGCCGGUGAACGUGACACAGGGAGGAGCCCGGCAGGAGCAGAGGGUGCGCUACACCUGCCGGGCGCAGCUGCCCGACCCCCACGAGCUCCAGUUCGGCAAGCGCAAGGUGGAGACGCGCUUCUGCCCCAACGACGGCUCCUCCGCGUGCGAGACCGACACUCUGGUGGAGGACUUGCUGCGAAGCGGCCGGCCCCUGUCCCGUGCGGCAGGAGGGGGCUGGUCCCCCUGGGAAACCUGGUCCCCCUGCUCCCAGGACUGCGGCAAGGGGUUCCGCACGCGGCGGCGCACCUGCGCCGGCCCCGAGCCCAAGGGCGCGGCCCAGGCCUGCUCCGGCUCAACACUGGAGUACCAGGACUGCAACCCGCAGCCCUGCCCCGUGAACGGAGCCUGGUCUUGCUGGUCCCUGUGGUCCCAGUGCUCGGUCACGUGCGGGGGGGGCCACUACCAGCGCACCCGGACCUGCACCGACCCCGCCCCCACCGAUGGAGGGGACAUCUGCAUCGGGCUGCACACCGAGGAGGCGCUGUGCAACACACACUCCUGCGAAGGCGGAUGGUCUGACUGGUCCGAGUGGAAUUUGUGCAACGAGGACGGCCUGCAGUCACGCAGCCGAUACUGCGAGGUCCACAGCCCAGGCCCAGCGCAGUGUCUCGGCAACAGCACCGAGCACAGGGAGUGCUUGUACAACGAGAUACCAGUGAUUCUACCAGCCUCCAGUUUUGACAAGGACCUGCACUGUGGAGGGUUCAGUCUCAUUCAUCUCAUUGCCACAGGAGUUUCAUGUUUCUUUGGUGCAAGUCUCCUGACAUUCCUCAUAUAUGCGUACUGCCAGAAAUUCCAGAAGCAGUCCCAGGAGUCUGCAGUGAUUCACCCCACAACUCCAAACCACCUGAAUUACAAGGGGAACACUACGCCAAAGAAUGAGAAGUACACUCCCAUGGAGUUUAAGACGCUGAACAAGAACAACUUGAUUCCAGAUGAAAGGACCAACUUCUUCCAUUCGCCUUUGCAGCAAACCAAUGUUUAUACAACCACUUAUUAUCCCUCUACUCUCAACAAAUACGACUACAGGCCAGACUCCUCUCCCGGACGGACCUACACACACAGCUGAGACGGAGUCUCAGCCACAACUGGAGAAAGAUUUAACUCUCUCGCCAAUUUCCUUUGACUUCUUCAUAUCAGAACAAACUCUUUCAUGUUCGGGAGCUGUUGCUUGUUUUUAAAGCUGACUUGCUCUGAAAAGACAUAGCUGCUGUGGGCUCAGGGCCGCUGAAGGAACUGCCUGCCCAAGACUUUGCACGGUCCGAGCAAGACAGCUGUCAUUUUAUAAAAGAUUUAUAAACUGUACAGGGAGGAAAAAAGGGACCGUUUUUAUUUGUUUUGGAUGUCUUGCUUUUAAGAAAAGGCACUUUUUAGAAACAAUAAGAAUGGCGUUCCCUGGUGAAUGGCAUACACUACAACGUGACUGUAACGCUGACAGCUCUGGAAUUAGGAUUUCCUUUCUCUGCCGAAGAACCUCCGAUGUAAAUUCAAAGAACUGGUGGCCGGCCUGAAGAGGAAAACAGAUAAACGUAAAGUGUUUGACCGAUACUUUUUAAGUGUCCUCAAAGCAACACUUUCAGUUCUAUAAACUGACACCGCAAGUCUGAAAUCUGGUUAGCCCUGCUAUCUUAAUGUGGGCACAUGUAGUUUUCCUUUAAAAAAAUAAUACAGUAAAUAAUAAAAGCCAUUACUAAACAAUGGUUCUAGCUCGUCAUGGUAUUCCACACUUUGGUACUUGCAAAACUAAAUCAAUAUUAAUCAUUUUUUUCCAGUGGAAACCCUCCCUCAGUUUCUAGUUUUGUUCCAAGGGUAAAGAACAGAUGCUAUGAGCCGUUCAAGUUCCUUGAGAUGGAAGAUGCACAGCAUACCAACAUGUGCACAAGACUAGGAAUGGAAGUGAAAAUGGUUUUCCAACUAGGGAACUGAGGAAGUUUAAGGGGGACCUGAUUUCAACAGGAACGGUACUUGAAAUUCUAGUCUUCCAGUCAGCUGAAUUCUGAAAAGCCCAGCUUGAUGUGUGUCGGUCUUUUUUUUCACACUGCUGGUUAGAUUGGAUUUGCUGCAGUGUUUGUCAUCACUGCAGCUCUGUUAAGGCGUGUGACUUCACUCUGAUAUAGAAGAAAAAUAGAAUGCAAGACUGUCCUUAUUCUUGCCUGCUUACCAUGAUGUCAUUUUGAAUUUAACCAGCUUCAGAAUGUGUAAAGCAAUUGACACACUUUAAAAGAGAAUUGUUUUCAUAUAUAUAUUCAACAAAAGGCCGUUAAGAAAACUGAUUGCAAGCAUGGAUGCAUUGUGAUGAUAUAAUGGAAAGAAUGGGUGACUGCUGUCUCUAAAAGGUUUCAAUAGGGUGAUAUAGGUUCCUGAUUAGCUUUUUGAGAAAUCAGGAUCAAUGUAAAACAAAAUGCCACCUCUAAAUGAGCCACAUCUUGGAUUUGCAAUAAAUUUAACAUGAACAUCAAAUAAUAAACUGCUAACUAUCCUGUCCUACACAGUUUUUCUGCAGCAUACGACAAUAUUCCUUGAUCAUUUGUUUUAUAGUCUUAUGAGAACGGAGAUCGGGGUAAUUUGAGGAGGUGAAAGAGUUUGUGCCGUAGCACUGGAGCAUAAAACUGGACUUGGGGAUUUGAAAAAUCGAGAUGAUUAGUAAUAAAGAAACUGUUUUAAGAUGAAUUGGAAAGGUAAUCAUGAUCAGCUAUAAUGGCCUGUGCAGGGUAUUUGGGACUUUGUGUGUGGAAAGUAUAUAGCAAUGUUGUCAUGUUUUUCAUCCAUUUGGCUACAGUCUUCUAUAAACAUUGGAACAGAGGACUGUUUUUGUAUUGCUUCUUGUUGAGAUCUCAGCCACAUUUGUGCAUGAACUGUUAAUGCACAAAUUAACCUUUUCGCUAUAUAUAUGCACAACCUACCUUUCGCUAUAUUACUGUAUGCAUCCGAAAAACAAGAAACCUAAUGCGAAGAGUAAAUGUCAUGGACAAAAAAAAUCAAUUUGUACAGAAGCUUGGGAGGAAUAUGGCAUUUCAAAACUCAGCAGUCUUUUUCUCAUGCCUGUUAAGUGAAUGCAGAACAGACAAAAGUCUUCAGUUAAUCUAAGCUUGGAGAAUCUUACAUUUGUACAUAGGAGAGGCUGUUCAAUGACAAUUUAAUGAAAUUUAUAGUUAGUGUAAUGUAUAUUGUAUAGCUAACACUGUUUUAAAUGCCUUAUAGUUGUACAAAGCGCAGAAGUGCUGUAAAUACCAACCAUAGAGAUUGUGAAGAAUGGAGUUCAUAAAUACUUCCAUGUAAAUCUAAACUACAGCAGAGUCAAACUGCUGUCUUCAAUAAUGCAAGAGGCUAUCAACACUUUUUCUCAGCAUUUCUUCUAGAGGAGAAAAUUAAUUGUGCCUGGUUCCUUUUACAAGACUUUCAUUAUUACAUUUAGAACAUUGUCAAAGUAUUUCGCCUGCUGGGGUAAUCUAAGGUUUAAUUUUGUUCCUCUUGCAAUCAAACUGAUGUUUCUCUGUAGAACACAUACUUUUCAGUAGCAUUGUCCCUGAAAGUAAAAAGUCUGUAGUCAAUACAAACAAGGCAUCUUUAAUAAAUGUAAUUUUAAUGUUAUAUAGAGCCACCUAGAGCCCCUACAGCUAAAAUAAAUGGUGUAGACCUGUCGGUAUGGCAUAAAAAUGAUUGCCUUCAUGAUGAUGUGGCCUGCUGUUUGAAGAAUUCCUGUCUUUUUAUCAAAGCCUAACAAGCUUAAUACAAAGCUGGAAGCUGAAGCUGCACAUUCAUACGUAACAUUUUUCAAAAUUACAGGCAGUUCUAUAAAUCUUUUGUCAGGGGAAGAAUAAAGUAAGCCAUUCUUAAGGUGUUUGUCUUGGUUCAUGGAAGCUGAAAUCUCCUCACAUGCCUGCCUUCUCAUGUCCUUGCUGUUUAAUUAUUUACAAGUAUAUACAUUGCUGCACUGACAUUGCAGUCGCUCUGUGCUUGCGUUGUAUUGCUGAACUCCAUACUGAAGGCUUUGUGCCCUCCUAUGCAAUUGAUUUGGUGGUACUGUUAGAUAUGUGAUCUAGACUGUAAUCACUGCCUUUAGACACUGUGAAUUUUUGGUACUCUAUAUUUUUGUAUAUUGUACAUUGUAAAGAAGAAUAAAACAACCUUGAUGCCAAAGUCCUGUCUUGUUU